CGUCAGUGGUGCUACGUGGGCUAGCGUUAGCAGUGUUAGCCGAAUAACGGUGAUGGUGGAGUGAGAGUCACGAUCAAUUCAUCUGUUCAACACUUAUCGACACUCAUGAGAAGAGAUUAAUAACGUUGUAUGUGAUGUCUGUGAAGAGCUCUUCAGAUCUACUCAAUGAGAACACAUACAUCUCACCGUCACUGACCCUUGACCUCUGCUUAUUACAAGAGUUCAGCCUGAAAGACGCGACAGACGGAUCCAACUCUUCUCCUCCAGAUAAUCUGCAACACUACAGCAACACUACCUCCAUCCAGCGUCUCGCAGGCAUCAUGGGAGAACUGGACGAUGACGCACCGGGGAACGACUGGACCAGGAAUCAUCCGGACUCUGACAGCAAGUGGAUGAAGGACGACCGCAACCAGAUCUGCAAGUUAGCCGAGCAGCAGCAGGACCAGAAUCUGAACGUGCUGGAGAACGAGAACGAGUCGACCGAUAGAAACCCAAACCAGAACUCUCAGCGGCGAAACGAGGAGAAGAACAAGACCCUGAAAGCACUCUGCUCUGAACCUCUUCUCAUUUACUCGUCAGAGGACCUUAAGGAGAGCGGUCAGGAGAAGCAAGAGGAGGAAGCUGAGGAGAAUGUUCCGGAGGGCUCAGAUUCGUGUGAGGUUCAGAGGAGACCAGAUGACGGUGGCAGCAGAAACACGUGUUUGCUCUUCAGUAAGAAUGCUGUUCCCAGUGAUGAAGACUCCAGCUGCAUGUCUGUGUCUCAGGGCAGCACGGCCAGCAGCACGCCGGACGGCGAGCCAGAGUCGUAUUGGGACGGCAGUGCAUUUGAAACGGAUGCAGAUCUGCCCGCUGGCUGGAUGCGGGUGCAGGACACCUCAGGCACCUACUACUGGCACAUUCCCACAGGGACCACACAGUGGGAGCCACCAGGGCCACUGGAGGACAGAGACGCCAGCGCAUCACCUGCACACACGCCAUCUGAUGAGACACUGGUGACAUGGGACAGUGUUUCACGUCCAGACAGAUUUAAUGAUGAAGAACUCUGGCAGAAGGAGGAUGUGACGUCUGAUGACAGCCUGAAGGAGUUUGAGGGAGCGACUCUGCGUUACGCGUCCAUCAACCUCAGCAGCUCUCUGGCUGAAUGUGAAGAGGAGCAGACUCAUAUGAGCAGUGAUGAGCGGGCAAAGUGUUUUGCAGUGCGUUCUCUGGGCUGGGUGGAGAUCUCCGAGGAGGAAAUGGCUCCUGGCAGGAGUUCAGUUGCUGUUAACAACUGUAUCAGACAGCUGUCUUACCAGAAACAAAACCUCGAUGACACAGCGGGCAUCUGGGGCGAGGGGAAGGAGAUGCUGCUGUUGUUGGAGAACGAGACGUUGAGUCUGAUUGAACCUCACGAUGGAACGCUUCUGCACUCUCAGCCAAUCGUCAGCAUACGUGUGUGGGGUGUCGGCCGCGACGACGGCAGGGAUUUUGCAUAUGUGGCUCGAGAUAAGUUGACUCAUGUGCUGAAGUGUCACGUGUUUCGUUGUGACACACCUGCAAAGAACAUUGCCACAAGCAUGCACGACAUCUGCGCUAAGAUUAUGGCCCAGAGGAAAUCAAACCCCAAAUUGACCUCUGACCCCUGCAGACUCACAGACAUCCCCUUUCAGGAGUUUCCAGUUCCCAAGAACGAGCUGGUCCAGCGCUUCCAGGUGCGAUACCUCGGACACGUGCCGGUCGCAAAACCAGUUGGUAUGGAUGUCAUUAAUGUUGCACUGGAGGAAGCUCUGGUUAAAGACCCAGACGAGUGGACACCAGUGACUGUGAAUGUGGCGUCUGCGACACUCACCGUUCUGAAGUCUGAGAUGGAGGAAGUUCUCUCGGAGUGUCGCGUGCGUUUCCUGUCGUUUAUGGGCGUGGGGAAGGAUGUGCACACCUUUGCGUUCAUCAUGGCAGAGGGGCCGGGAGAUUUCAUCUGUCACAUGUUCUGGUGUGAUCCCAACGCAGCCAGCCUGAGUGAAGCGGUGCAGGCUGCAUGUAUGUUGAGGUAUCAGAAAUGUUUGGACGCCCGUCCGCCCAACAGCAGUAACAGCAGCAGUAGCAGCUCGUGUCUGCCCGGUCCGCCUGCUGAUUCGGUGGCCCGUCGGGUGGGCUCCAGUGUGAAGAAGGGUGUUCAGAGUCUGCUGGGCAACUUCAAGAGAUCUGGAUCUCAGACGCCUUGAGAAGACAAGAAACCUUCCCUCAAUAGUGCUCACUAUCAACAUGUAUCACCUUGUGUCAUUGUUUUUACAUCAUGAUCUCAUGGGUGAAGUUGUGAGUCUACUUACUUUUAAGUGAAAUCUGAGAAAUACCACCAUGAUGAAAGUUUUAUUUUCUCUAAUACAGAUGAGACUUUGAUAUAGUGAGAAAACAGAUCUUCAAAUAAUGUUCAGUCUUGUAAAACAGCCAACACAGCAGGAAUGCAUUUUUUUUUCUAAACAUACACCUUUAAAUAUCACUUCAGAUCCAAAAUUCAACCUGAGAACAGACCAGUGUGUUUUCUUAUGCAUUGAAGUGUUGUUCCCUGUGAGCUGAACCCAUGACUUGUACCAUGCUCGACCAGUACAGGUACAGGAAAUCCUUAAAAUAUGUGUACCAUGAAUUAUUUGCAUUAUGCUUAACACAAAAGUACAAAUCUGCUAUUAUGUGUUCCCCCUCAGGCUGCUCUUUUCCCCACAUUUUGAAGUCAUAUAAUAGCAUUGAGUGAGGAACGGAUAGAAUUUGAACUCUUUGUUAACUAAUCACCUUCCCCUCUACUCAAUGAGAGAGGAAGUCUUAGUGCUUUAAAUGCCACUCAAUGGACAUUUCACCUGGAAACUGCAGUGAAGCGAACACACACAGCAUAUCGCAAGCCCCUUUGACAUUUAAUUAAGUGCAGGAUAUGCAAUUUGGUUACCUAGAAUUACAUUUUCAAUAACGCUUGAAAUCAGCAACGGAAUUACUGCUAGUGAAAAUGCUAAUUUUCGAUAUCAGUGCUUAUGUUUGCAUUAGUAAAAUCUUUAAUUCUUGAUAUGAAAUGACGUCAUUAAUCUGGAAAAUUGAAGAGUAAUUAAAGAUAAUGUAAAGGGCAUUUUUACAAGUUAAAAUCACAUUAAAGAUAUCUGAAAUUAACAUUGUCAUUGGUGAAAACCAAAUUAUCAUAUUUACUAGUUGUAAUUCAAUUUUAGAUUUCAGGACAUCUUAACUAGAAACAAUGUAAUAAUUGAUAUAAAAAGUCAUCAUUUUUACAAUUAAAAAGUAUGUAGCUUAUAUGUGAAAUUGGAAUUCUGACUAGUAUGAAAUUAUUUAUAGAAAUUCAUAAUUGCAUUUUGAACAGGAGUGAGUGACAGAUCAUUGUGGAAUUCUACUUGUGAAAAUGAUGUUAAAGAUAUCAAGAAUUGUUUUUUUGGUAUUUGAAUAAUGAAAUUAUGUUUUAUAUCAAGAAUUAAUAUUUUUACUAGUGCAGAUGUAAUUGCUGAUCUCAAGAAUUCACAUUUUAGGGGGCCUGGGUAGCUCAGCGAGUAAAGACACUGACUACCACUCCUAGAGUCACGAGUUCGAAUCCAGGGCAUGCUGAGUGACUCCAGCCAGGUCUCCUAAGCAACCAAAUUGGCCCGGUUGCUAGGGAGGGUAGAGUCACAUGGGGUAACCUCCUCGUGGUCACUAUAAUGUGGUUCUCACUCUGGGUGGGGCGCGUGGUGAGUUGUGCGUGGAUGCUAUGGAGAGUAGCGUGAAGCCUUCACGCGCACUAUGUCUCUGCGGUAACGCACUCAAGCCACGUGAUAAGAUGCGCAGAUUGACGGUCUCAGACGCGGAGGCAACUGAGAUUUGUCCCCUGCCACCCGGAUUGAGGCGAAUCACUACACCACCAUGAGGACUUAGAGCGCAUUGGGAAUUGGGCAUUCCAAAUUGGGGAGAAAAUUAAAAAAAAUAAUUCACAUUUUAAAUGGUGAAGAUGCAAUUGUAGAUCUCUAUCAUUCAUACCCUGUACGUGAAUUAAUUAUAGAAGGGCUUGUGAUUUGCAGCAACGUGUUUGAUGUUUUGCAAAGACAUGCCGAAUCACUUUUUUUCCCAUGAGUUCAGGUAAUAUUUUCUGGGUUCCCAUAUGAGAGCACAGUGUCGUUCACACUUUAUCUGCUGAUAACUGGAUUUGAACAAGAUGACACUUGAGUUCUGUCACUAGAUAUUCCCUUAUUGCACACUACAGUUGCAGUUACACAGAUUUCAGUUGCUUUUUCAUAAGUGGUUUUGUUUGUUCGCAGAUGAGUUCACUGUAAAACUGAUUAUAGUGUAUGAAUGUGACUUUCCAAAAUUAGAUUAUCAUAACUAUCAUAAUUACUAGAUGAAUGUAGUAGAUGUUACUUCAACUACACUCCCUAAUGACACUAAAUAUUACGCAUGCUAUCACCGAACACUAAAACGAGCGUGUACACUAUGCAAUGUGCUUAUUUAUUAUUUGAUAUUCAGUUCUGGCUGACUGUUGUGUCAUAUGUUUUGCUAGCUUUGACAUUUCAGUUCUAAUUUCAGUCAUUUAGCCAAAGGAAAAGCGUUUCUAUCUGGAUAAAUGAACUCUUCUCACUCCAGACUGAAUGUGACAAAUCAAUUGAACCCCCCCAUGACGUCCGUGUGCUUGUUUUAGGGAAAUGAAGUCGAGUGAAAUCGCAGACACCGUGCAAGAUUUCAUAGCAAGCACUGUCCCUUCUGAAUGUUUUUACGUUGUCAUGGUUUUAGGUACAUGAUUUUUGUUAAUUCUUUGUAUUUGGAUGGACAUUUAUCUCUUGAUAGAUGCAGUUGCGCAUUUUAUUUCACUUGCCGCAUUGACUGCCUUAGUCAGAAAACUUGAUUUCUUUCAUUCUUUGACAAGUUUUCACUGAUUUUACUUAAAUGACAUCUUUAACAGAUAUUUUGAAAACAGAUUUGUGAAAUAAAUUAAUCAUACCAUUUUAUUUUCUGUGAAAUAGCAUUAACAUAUCCUAGUCUUCCAAAGCAGAUUAGUUCUUUUGAGUCCCACUGUAAAUGAGCAUUGAAUUUUCAUAUUUUAAUUUUUUUUUAAAGCAUGGCAUUUUGUGUUACCUUUGUAAUUGUUUUUGUUUUAUUUGGGGCUUUUUUUUUUUUUUUUGUAUGUGCUGUAUAGUUUAUAGGGGCUCAAUCUGGAUGGAAUUCAUGAUCAAAAACUGCUCGUUCAUUCAGUUUAGAUUGUUCGACAGAAGAUAUAGGCUACAUACGGUGGGUCUACAUCUCUACAAAUUAGUUUGCGUCACUGUCAAAUUGUAUAUUGAAGUCAAAUGUUCAUGUAUUUGAAACAAAUGCUCAAUUUGCAACAAUAAUUGUCUUGUAUAUAUUCAUUAUUUGUUUGUGUUACUCAUGCACACUGUACAUACUGCCAUGUCUUAAACAUUUCAGAAUGUUUUUGAAUUAAUCAAUAUCAUGUUCUGUGAUUAUUUAAUGUAUAUGCUGACUUUAACACACUAAUGGAGUCCCAUUUUCAUGUGUAACCUGUUGUUAAACGGAACGUGUGAAUGCACUUGAUCGUUCAAUCUGUCUCGUGGAUCUGAAUGGUUCGUCUUGCCCUUCUCAGUUACUCUAACACACCAUGUGUAGAUCUAGAAGUAAUGUGAUGCUUAAAAUAUAAUGGGGUGCUGUUGGUAACACUAUGAUAAUAACUGUUUAUUGUAGAAUAAGCAUACAUGUAAAUUAUACAUUGUCAAGAAUGCUUUGGAUAAAAGCAUCUGCUAAAUCAAUAAAUGUACAGUGCAUUCAGAAAGUA